UUUUUUUAGUCUCGGUUCGUGCGUCGCUCGCGCAAAUCCACUUUCAGCUCUGCGGUGCGCGGAUAGAGUUUGUGCAGAAGAGCAGCUUGGGGCUGUUUUUCAUAUAUUAUUUUGUCCUCCCCUGAGAGACGCGCAUAAUGGGUGCCACUGUCCCAGUUUGGAUUAUUUUGGCACUGAUUUGCGGAGUUGCACUGGGCAGGAAACAGGAUGCGUCUUCGGCUUUUGGUGGCAUUUUUCGUGCCAGGUGCGCCGCCAGGUGCCUCAGCCUUCACAGCGCGCGCAUCGCUCACGCGCCGACCCACUUUCAGAGUAAUGGAUCCCUGGGCUGGUGUCAAGGCCAUAAGCAAUGCGCAAAGUGCCUGGAGCCGUGCAAAGAAUCUUGGGAACAGAGGGAUGGAUCCUGUCGAGAGCCAUGCGAGCGUGUGUUUGCCAAGCGUCAUGGCGAGUGUGUGACGAGCUGUGAGUUCCUGCGUUCUGUAAUAGUGCUGAAACAGGGCGACUGUCCGGCCCCAGAACGAGCCAGCGGAUUCGCAGCCGCCUGUGUGGAGAGCUGUGAGGAGGACAACGAGUGUCCGGGACACAAGAAGUGCUGCGCUAACGGCUGCGGGCACACGUGCCAACCGCCCAAAAACCUCUACAGAGGUGCUCCACUGAAGCCCAGGAAGGAGCUAGUGUUUGAGGAGAUGCUGUCUGGCGUGUUAGAGGUGCGCUGGUCCUCCAAGUUCAACGUGUCGGCUGAGCCGGUGCUGAACGUGCUGCAGAGACGCUGGAACUAUGGCAUCCACCCCAGCGAGGACGGUGCGACUGAGUGGGAAGUGGUAGCACAGACUUCAGAGGAGCGUGUGUGGCUGGCUGAUAUUCGCCCAGGUCGCUGGUACCAGUUCAGAGUAGCAGCAGUCAACGUUCACGGAACAAGAGGAUACACCACCCCCAGCAGACACUUCAGAUCCUCCAAAGAUCCAUCCCCACCCCCAGCGCCCUCUGACCUACAGAUCAGUCACAUGACCUUUGGAUCGGACAGGUCGGUAUCGGUGCGUGUCAGCUGGGUGUCUCCAGAAGACCCAGAUGUCCCAGUACACCACUAUAAACUGUCCUGGAGCUUGACGCUCAGUGAAGGAGGGUACACAAUGCCAUCCAAACUCAAGAAGAGAAAGAUCGUCAGUGGGGAUUUCGACUCGGUGGAGAUAGAGGGUUUGAGGGAGGAGAGGAGUUACACAGUGGAGCUCCAGUCUGUGUCAUAUUGGGAGCAACUUCCUCUCAAGAGCUCCAAGGCUAUUCUGCGCUUCUCAACACAGCAAGCAAAAAGUGAACCCACAGCCAAUCCUGUGCUUCAGAAAGGUCAAUCGGACAUUCUGGAUGUGGGGACACCGUUCUACCAGGACGGACAACUCCAGGUUCGAGUCUACUGGAAGAAACGAGAUCCGAGCAUGAGCCGUUACCGCGUGCAAUGGUUCCCGGAGUUUUGCUCUCAUAACGGAACCAGAAUCCAAGAAAAGCUCGUUACACAGGAGAAUUAUGCCAGCUUACCUGGUCUACAGUUUUCCUGCAAGUAUAAAGUGAUCAUCCAGGCUGUUGGGUCCAAGAGCCGAGCGCAGGCAGAGAGCACCACCUUCUCCACUCCGCCAUGUUCAGCCAUUCAAGGGAAGAGCUCCAAACCCAUUACCUGUCCUGGAGAUCCUGUUCCUCCCGCAAAAGUCCAGGCAAGGGCAGAGAACCUCACUGCGGUCUUCUCAGUGCAUGACAGCAACGUGACGGCUCUGUUCUCAUGGGUGGUUGCUGUAACCCGACCCCCUCAGCAGGUCACAGGUUACCAAGUCACCUGGGCGGACGCCACGGCUGAGAGACGCAAAACCAACCAGGCUAACAGCCUCAUCUCUCAGUCCCAGAUCCUCCCUCCAGAAAGAAAAAUUCUAGUUGUGUCCGGCUUGCAGUUGGCGUCUGUCUACAGGCUGGAGGUGGCAGUGAUCACCGCUGGAGGUCAGGGCCCGACAACAUUCAGAACUUUCCAGACUCCGGGCCAUGCCAGGCCUGUCCUACACUACAAACCCAAGGUGAAAAAGCACCAUUUGAGGUCAGUCAUAGAACAGCACUGAAGCUCACACUGGAACAUACCAUCCUAAACCUUCCCCCUGAACCCAGCUCCUCAGGAACACGAAGAACAGAAAGAACCAAAGAACACUGAGCAGAUCAUUCACUGAGAGGAUCAGACCCCCAAGAAAACAUCUGGCUCUGGGAGAGUUAGGAGAAGGAAAUUGUGAAAGCGAUUACUUGAUCCCAGACGUUCUCAAUGAAGGAUUUCCAUAAACCAGAGAGCCAGAAGAAAAGGAAAAGACGGUGGUAAAAACAAAACACAGCAACUGGAAAAGCAAAUUGUAAAGUAAUGAUCAUAAACGGAUAUGCAACUAUAACCUGAGUGAGUUUUUCAUUGUUUUUUUGCUUUUUUUUUUUUUUUGAAUUAUCCCUUGAUAUUCCCUUUCUUUCAAUGGCACUUAACUGACAAAGCAGACAGACUGUUAACCUUCACCUCAGCAUAACCUGUGUUUAAUAACAAAAGCGUCUGCAAGUCCAGUGUUGCAUGUGGUGACAAGUUUUGCUUUGACCCAUAAAUGAAGUGGACUCGUGAAGUGGUGUGCGACCGCAUGUAUAUUUACCCCCUAUCAUGACUUCCUGAUUUGUGGGCAUGCACCUUUACUAUGUGUCAAAUUACAGCUAUACAAAUUGCGAUUUAUAUUCGCUGCGCUGAUUAUCAAUUCUGUGUGAGUUCCUUGUAAGUGCAAUAGGGUUGUUAUGGUUUCACGGUUAGUCACUUUUUUCAAAAAUCAUGAAAAAAAAUUGCCUCAAUAUCAGGGCUUUGAACCAGAAAUUUUUUCCUAUUGGUUCGAUCCGAACAGAAACGGAAUUUUAACGUUUUCGUUGUUUGGUUCCACCAUUAAAUAGACGCUCUCGAACCGGUUAGAACAAAAAAAUUUCGUUCCCGGAACGGUUAAUUACGUUCCCUGUCAGCUGUUUAACAAAUGGCUAUAAAAUUACAGUAUGUCUCUGUCUCAUCCAGCUUAAGCCAAAUGUAGGCUAAUUCUAUUACAACCUUCAUUAAAUAAGACAAUAAAUAAUUCAAAACAAUUAUUAUUUCAAAUGUUGGCGAUUUGGAUUCUCAGUAUGUCUUCCCAUCUACACAAACAGAAAAAGUGCCAAAAAUGAAAGAGAAUUCGUUUAGUGUGUUACCAAAGGCUAGUCAGGCCCUAUGCAUUGAUAGGCUAACAGAGGUUAACGUCAUUUAAUGUUCGCGAGCCUCUCAUUAACGUGGACAAAUAUAUUGAUAUCGUGUUUGAAAUUGACGUUUUUGAAUAACGAUAGACUGCAAUAUUUACCUCUUAUUUAAGACGUGGAGAGGUGAUAGUAGUCUACCCUCCCGCUCUCUCCAUUCAGUCAGCGAACGUCACACAGGAAGUGAACCCCAGUGGGUCAUAGAAACUUGCGCAGGAGAAGAAUGACUUUUUUAUUUGUAGGCUACGGAAACUUUGAGGAACGAAAUAAAAACCGGUAUUAACCGGUUACCAUUAUUUUUAAUAAGCGUUUCUGUUCCGGAACAUAAAAAAUAAUAAAGUUUCUGGUUUCGUUUCUGUUCCAUGUGAAAUAGAAAAAGUUCCCGGUUUUCGUUUUCGUUCCUUGAACUGGUUCAAAGCCCUGCUCAAUAUAACACUUUUCCUUGCAGCUAUUUUCGUUCAUCUUAUAACGACAGCGUGAUAAAUAUGGGUGUUUGAGACAGUUGUACAAAUAUUUCCUUUCAUUUUCAUCACCAGCUUGUGCUUUGUUAAAAUGGUCAGCGAAUACCGCGAUAACCGUGAUAUAUUGCCAAGGUUAUCAUCAUAACAUGCAAAUUUCAAACCAUAACACCCCUAAAGCACAAAAAAAAAAAAGUGUAUUGUUUUCCAUGUGCUACUCAUGCUGUGGGAUUUUGUCUGUCGUGAAAUUCUUGUACAUAUUACAUGUCCUUAUUUAUUUGUAUUUGCUACAACUGUAAUUUUGGUGUGUGUGUGUGUGUGUGUGUGUGUGAGAGAGAAAGAGAAAGAAUGUAUUGUGUAUUCCUCCCAUCAUAAAGAUCCUCGCAAGGAUUUUUGUAUAAAAUAGAUUUGUAAAUUCCCAUGGAUUUAAAAAGUGUACUGUACAUAUUUUUUAUUAUUAAAAAAACAU